AUGCUUCGUGAUUCACCCGUAUUGCAAGACAUUGUUGCGUAUACAUCUGGAGACCUCCAAAACGGCAAAGAUGUGCUGGUGAUGACCAGUCGAGACCUUGUGACACUUGAUUCUGUCAAUUCUUGGGCAUCCGAAACUUCAAAGGAAAUAACGAACUUGGACAUCAACAACCUAGUCGCGAAUACCUUGGUACACAUUGUUCGCAACUUGAGCGUUUGCCCUCGAUACCUGCCAGCGAAGGGAGGUGUGACAUCAUCGGAUGUGGCGACAGCUGGUAUAGCCACAAAACGCGCAAAAGUACUGGGACAGGCGGCGCGCCUGGGGUUCCCAUUUGAUGGUGUCAAGGCAAGGAAGAUUUUAAGAGUGAAGAUCAAGGAGGACGGAAGGUCAAAUGGAGUGAGCUGCCAUUGA